AAAUAAAUAACAAAGGACUGAAUCCAUUCGAGCUUGAACACUCCAUUCAUGAUUUCAAAAUUAAUUGCUAAUUAAUUAUUAUAACGAUUUCCUCCUUUAUUUUAGGUGAAUGCUCAGGUGCUUAAGAACAUAAACUGAUGUUGGUGGAGGUUGACCUGAGAAUUUUAAGAAUCACUUCUCUCUAGUGGCCGCAGUGUUGAACUGCAAUACAUUAAAUGUAUCAACAGGAAGUAACGGAAACUGUUAUAAAACAGUCACAAUUUCUUCCACAAAAUCAUCCUAUACAAAAUAUAAAAAUAUUCAUCUGAGGGGUUGCAGAAGAAGAGUAAAAAAACAAACAAAAAAAUCCACCUCUGAACUAGGGGGAGUUACAGCUCCUACAAGUAAUAAAACCAAAGAAGAAGAAGACGUCAGGUGGGGCUGUAUGUGUGUUGUUGGUGACGUCGUGCAGGACGUGAACAUCCUUAAUUCACAUCAUCCAAACUCCGUAAAGGAUCCCGUUGUUUGCUGGUUUCUCUCCAUCUCGAGUCAACAUGGGGAACUGUUUAACUGUGGGGCCGAACGAAGCGUUGGUGGUGUCCGGUGCUUGUUGUGGCUCUGAUGAUAAGACCUACGUCGUGGGAGGCUGGGCCUGGGCUUGGUGGCUCAUUUCAGACACCAAAAGGAUAACCCUGGAGAUCAUGACUCUGCAGCCCAGAUGUGAGGAUGUGGAGACAGCAGAGGGGGUUGCCAUCACUGUCACAGGUGUGGCUCAGGUCAAAGUCAUGACUGAGCACGACUUGCUGGCAAUAGCUUGUGAGCAGUUUCUGGGGAAAUCAGUGAUGGAAAUCAAAGCUGUGGUUCUUCAGACCUUGGAGGGACAUCUGCGCUCAAUUCUAGGUACCUUGACUGUAGAGCAGAUCUAUCAGGACAGGGACCAGUUUGCUAAACUGGUAAGGGAGGUCGCAGCUCCAGAUGUGGGCAGGAUGGGCAUCGAGAUUCUCAGCUUUACCAUUAAGGACGUCUACGAUAAACUGGAUUACCUGAGCUCCCUCGGGAAGACCCAGACUGCAGCUGUCCAGAGGGAUGCUGACAUCGGUGUGGCUGAGGCAGAGAGGGAUGCUGGGAUACGGGAAGCAGAAUGUAAGAAGGAGAUGAUGGACGUCAAAUUCCAAGCUGACACCAAGAUGGCCGACUCCAAACGAGAACUGGAGCUGCAGAAAGCUUCUUUCAAUCAGGAAGUCAACACUAAGAAAGCAGAGGCCCAGCUGGCGUACGAGCUGCAGGCGGCCAAGGAGCUGCAGAAGAUCCGCCUGGAGGAGAUCGAGAUCCAAGUGGUGCAGAGGAAGAAGGAGAUCACUAUAGAGGAGAGGGAGAUCAGCCGGACAGAAAAGGAGCUCAUUGCCACUGUGAAGAGGCCCGCUGAGGCAGAGGCCUACAAAAUGGAGCAGCUGGCUGAGGGACAAAAGCUAAAGACGGUGCUGAUAGCUCAGGCUGAGGCCGAGAAGAUCAAGAAGAUCGGUGAGGCGGAGGCUUGCUCCAUCGAAGCCGUGGGCAAGGCGGAGGCCGAGAAGAUGAGGCUGAAGGCUGAAGCCUACCAGCAGUACGGAGAUGCAGCCAAGACCGCCCUGGUCCUCGAGGCCCUGCCGAAGAUUGCUUCCAAGGUGGCGGCGCCGUUAGCUAAGACCAAUGAGAUCGUCAUCCUCAGCGGGGAGGGCAGCCGCGUGACGGGCGAGGUCAACCGCCUUCUGGCUGAACUUCCUGUGUCUGUCAACGCUCUCACUGGAGUGGAUUUGUCAAAGAUGCCAUUGCUGCAGAAGAUGACCAGUACUGAAGCCUGAAAAGCGACGACUCCACAUGACUCCAGUAUCUGUUGUAUGCACUCUCAUAGACUGCCUUUAAUACACUUGAAGAGUUUUUUGUUGUUUUAUACGUAACACACUGUCUACCAAGUGAAUUUUGGAAACCUCUGGUGCCUUACUUUAUACAGGACCAGAAUAUCUGCAUGCACUGCUGCUCGUUUGUUUUGUUUUUUUUAAAUUUAGUUUUAACAUGGGAACAUUUUGUGUUGUUUUUCCCUCUUUUGUCAGUGUUUCCCCCUAGAAUAUUUUUUCAGGCCUGGUGGUACGAAACCAAAAAAAACGCCUAAAGGGACGAGACACAUUGGAUGGCAUAGUCGCGCAGCAGGCGGUCUGCAAUUCAGAUUUGCAUUCAAAUUUUUGUUUCCUCAGUUUAUCAAGACUUAAAACAAAGUGGUUACAAGGAGAGGAUGACUUAAUAAGCUUAUCAAAAACGUUGAUAUAUUUGUUUGUCCGUCACCUGAGUUAUUAAGGCUUUUUCUUACGUUAGCUCACGUUAGCUAACCUGCAUCCCGUACACGCUCUCUCUCUCUCUCUCUAUCGCUCUGCUGUCAUUUAAAGGUACUCUGAUAGCAGCGGCACUCGCAUCACAUCAAGAGUUUCCAUGGCAACAACACAGAGGUUAUUGAUCAUUGAUUUUCCGAAUGAAUGGAUAUUUGUUGGCCGUUAUUUUUGGCCUGGUAGGGGUUCUCGUCGGCCCGGCGGCCCACCAGGCCUGUACUAUUAUGGGGGAAACACUGAUUGUGUUUUUAAUUAUUUAUUUUUGUAUUUAAAUCGUAUAUAUCGGCCCGUUUGUAUCAUUUGUCAUUCAAGAGUCAGCUGACAGCGGACCUACCUGCCGACUCUCAUCCAGGUUACAUUUAUAUUAUGAUGUUAACACCUUUUUUCUUUGGUAAUUAUACAUCAGGGCCCUGCUGUUUACUGGCUGCAGGCCUUCUUGUUUAUUUAUAUACCUCUUUCUUUCUGUCUUUCUUUCUUUCUUUCUCUUUAUUUAUUGACAUCUGCAUUCCCGAGAUAAUCUGAAUCUUUUCUCGUUAAUUGUAGAGUUUUUUUGUGUAUUGUACAUGUUGUAAUUUUUAACUAUCAGAUGUUAUUCAGGUUAUUUUAUGUGUCAGUGAUUUAUUUUUUUACAAUGCAACACAGGUGCUCACAAUCUUUAAAAGAAGCCCCCUUUCUGUGUGGAUCUCCACCUUUUUAAAUUCUUUCCGAUCUGCAGAGUUUUCUGCAGGUUUUGUUUGUUCCUGUGUACAAAGUUUUAUUCUUCAUAAACUGUUGGUAUCAGGCAUGAUAGAUAUGAUUAUUUAUGUGCUGGCAGGAAUACAGGAAGCAAAUUCCUGUGAUAUAGUUAGCUUGUAGUGUGGUCAUUUAAUUAAUAGUGUGGGUCUUCAUAUAAAACGUUUGUAGUUCUGACUUUAGGUUGGUGUUUAAAAAAAAGAUGAAAAAUGAUUUUUUUUUUGGGCAAAUUGUAAAAACGACAGGCUCGGAGUUGUGUGAAAUAUGUUUAUAUUGUGGAAAAAGCUUAAUGUGAAUAGAUUCUGAACAUUUAAAGGCCAAACAGUGACGCCAAAUAGAAUUGAAGAGCAGGAACGAAUAGAUUUAAUUUAAUACUACAGACAUCUGUAAAUGCAAAGCCAUCAUUCAUCAGUCAACAAACCAAACCUCUUUUCUGUUCAAUGUUUGCAUGUCUGCAUUGAUUUGUUUUAAUAACUGUGAAAUCAAAUAUAGAUGUUUUUAGUUCUUUAACUUAUCAAAAAGUCUGUUUUGUCAGUGAUAUUAGUUUGUAAAUGAUCACAGUUUGUUGUUUUGGGGUCUAAAGUCCCCCUCCAUUCAAAAAUAUGUUAAGUUUU